CUCCGCCCGGCGCCCCGCAGCAGCCGAGGGAGGAGCCGGGGCCGUGCGGGAGGAGUCGCGGGCGGCGGAGGCCGGGCGCGCUCGCAGCACGGCCAUGGCGUUCGGCAGGAGUCACCGGGACCCGUACGCGAACUCCCUGGGCCAGCUGAUAGAAAAGGCUACGUUUGCUGGAGUGCACACAGAAGACUGGGGCCAGUUCAUGCACAUCUGUGACAUAAUUAACACCACCCACGAUGGGCCAAAAGAUGCAGUAAAAGCCUUGAAGAAAAGGAUUUCCAAAAACUAUAAUCAUAAAGAAAUCCAACUCACCUUGUCACUUAUUGACAUGUGCAUGCAGAACUGUGGUCCGAGUUUCCAGUCUCUGAUUGUGAAGAAGGAAUUUGUUAAAGAUAGUCUAGUUAAGCUGCUGAAUCCCAGAUACACCUUGCCGAUAGACAUUCAGAAUAGAAUUUUGAAUUUCAUUAAGACAUGGUCGCAGGGUUUCCCAGGAGGUGUGGAUGUCAGUGAAGUGAAAGACGUGUACCUGGACCUCCUUAAGAAAGGGGUUCAGUUUCCUUCAUCUGAUGCAGAGACUGAAACAGCCAGACAAGAGAUGUCACUGAAUCCACCACCAUCUGUUCCUUCUGCACCAGCUCUUCCUUCUAUAGUUCCCAAGAUCUCCACUAUUACAUUGGUCCCAGAACAGAUUGGAAAACUACACAGUGAAUUGGAUAUGGUGAAAAUGAAUGUGAGAGUAAUGUCUGCCAUACUGAUGGAGAAUAUUCCUGGCUCUGAGAACCAUGAAGACAUAGAGCUUCUGCAGAAACUUUAUAAGACGGGUCGGGAGAUGCAGGAGAGGAUCAUGGACCUGCUUGUGGUGGUGGAGAAUGAAGACGUCACUGCUGAGCUGAUUCAAGUGAACGAGGAUUUGAAUAAUGCCAUCCUUGGGUGUGAGAGGUUUACUCGAAACCAACAAAGGAUUUUAGAGCAACAUAAGAGCCAGAGGGAAGGUGCCAAUACUACCAGUGAACCUUCUGCCCCAUCCUCAGAUCUCCUUGACUUGAGUCCCAGCCUUCCGACGCCUAGGACCACCCUGGGAGAAGUCAGCACCCUGAAUGCUCAACUUUCAGACUUAAAUUUCAGCUCUCUGAGUCCAGUUGUACCAAACAACUUCAAACCCAGUCUUAAUACACAGGUGGAUCUGCUAGCCUUGGAAAAUACAGAAACACCUCUGUUUGCCCAAAGGACCAGCCAAAACCUCGCCUCAAGUCAUACAUACGAGAGUUUUCUGGAACAUUCAAAUUCAGUAUUACUGCAGCCAGUUAGCCUACAGACCGUUCCAGCAACACCAUCAAACCAGAGACUGCCACCUCUGCCCAGCAAUCAUCCAGGGAUGACAAAGAACGAUCUCCAGCCACCCAAUUACUGUGAAGUAAUGGAGUUUGAUCCCUUAGCUCCUGCUGUCACCACAGAAGCUAUUUAUGAAGACAUUGAUGUUCAUCCCCACAAAGGAGCUCAAAGUCACAGUAAUUGUUGAGGUGGAAAUGGAUGACCAGUUCACUAGCAGCACUGUGGAUGCCAGUUUUCCAAAAGGUGGACCCUGUCCAGCUUUGAGACCCACAAGUUAGCUAACUUCCAAAACAUCAAAACCACAGUGGAACAUUUUUCCUCUGCAUUAAUGAGGUUUAAACAGAAGAGUCACAGUUGGGUUCCUGACAGCAGCUUAAGCUUUAUCUCAGAAGAACUUGGUUGUAACAUAUAUUCCCUUAAAACUUAGGCAGAACAAAAAUUCAUGGUACUGAGGCCAACCAGGUUAAAUGUAGCACCUUAUGUUUUCACAGGCCUUCCUACAUUUAUAAUCAUCACAAGAGAUGGGGUAAGAGUAGAUGAAGACUGUUUCAGUACAAAAUAACUGUUAAUAAGUGAAAGCCUGAUAUGGAAAAACUGUAUUAUUCAGGAAGAAUACUUGAGUGCCUUUAUUUACCUAAAGUUGAAUGUAAAAGUCAAUUUGCACUUCUUUAUAAAUAACACUCUUAUUUAGAAUUAUAAGUUGUGAAAGCUUUGAUGAUUGUAGUUCAACUGUAUUUCAGGUUUACCCUCAAGAGGUCACUGGAUUCUACAUUGGUUGCCUUUAAAUACAAUUCUUUAUAACACUAAA